AGAACCUUAAGAAACUAUAAAAACGACUGUUUCCAAAAAUACCUCGCCAGCUUAUCCCCCACAGCCGACUCCAACUACAAACUAUGGAAGGCCUCCAGGAAACUCACACGCCCCCCACAAAUAAUCCCACCUAUCCGCCGUCCGCAAGGUGGAUGGGCGCGAAGCCCUAUAGAAAAAGCCGACCUGUUUGCUAAACACUUGUCAAAAGUAUUCAAACCCCAUUCCCCCAAAGCUGCCGCGGACGUUACUGAAUACUUGCACACCCCCUUCCAAAUGUCCCCUCCUAUCGAACCCUUCACUUCUGCAGAGACUAUAGAAGCAAUCAGUCGCCUAAACCCCAAGAAAGCAGCAGGACACGACCUAAUAGGCAAUAAAGCAAUCAAGGAACUUCCCACAAAAGGGAUAGCACUCAUCACAUCGAUUUUUAAUGCUAUCCUUCGCCUGGAACACUAUCCUAAGGCCUGGAAAAUCUCAUUGAUUACCCUCAUCCCUAAACCCGGUAAACCGAUAUACGAAACCUGCUCCUAUCGCCCAAUCAGUCUUUUACCUACCCUGUCCAAACUAUUCGAGAAGAUGCUCACGAACCGACUCCUUCCAAUCCUAGAGAACUUGAAAACACUCCCAGAUCACCAAUUUGGCUUCCGAAAACAUCAUUCUACAGUAGAGCAAAUCCACCGCUUAACUCAUACGAUCAGCCAAACACUCGAAAAGAAAAAAUAUUACUCAGCGGUCUUCCUAGACAUCCAACAGGCAUUCGAUAAAGUAUGGCAUGAAGGGCUACUAUACAAACUUAAAAAGAUCCUACCCCACCCCUACUACUCCAUCCUAAAAUCUUACCUAACCAAUAGACAAUUCAUGGUUAAAUGCCUAGACGCCACUUCCGCAACAUUCCCAAUAGAAGCCGGCAUACCCCAAGGUAGUGUCCUCGGACCCCUACUGUACUCCAUCUACACUGCCGACCUACCUAUAUCAAACGAUAUAACAAUAGCGAUAUUUGCAGACGACACAGCGCUAUUAGCUACCCACGCAGACCCGGUAAUAGCCUCAUCCACUCUCCAGCGAAAUCUCGACUCCAUGGAAAAGUGGUUUCACAAAUGGGGCUUCAAAGUCAACGAAAAGAAAUCCUCACAUGUAACCUUCACGCUCCGAAAACAAACCUGCCCCCAGGUCACCAUCAACAAUGCAACAGUUCCUAGCAGGGACACAGUCCGAUACCUGGGCAUGACCCUGGACAGGAGACUAACGUGGAAGACACACAUCUCAGAUAAAAGGAAGCAACUAAAGGACAAACUAAAAAAAACUCUAUUGGCUCACGGGCCGACGCUCCAAACUAAAUUUACAGAAUAAAAUUACCCUCUACAAGACCGUAAUAAAACCUGUCUGGACCUACGGAAUCCAACUAUGGGGAACAGCAAGUAACUCCAACAUCGAAAUACUGCAACGAUUCCAAUCGAAAACGCUAAGAUCCUUAAUAGACGCACCUUGGUAUGUUACCAACGAAACCAUCCAUCGCGACCUCAAGAUACCCACAGUCAAAGAGGAAAUAGCAAAAUAUAGCGACAGAUAUAGCAAAAGAAUCAACAAACACCGAAACGACGUUCUUUUUACACGGUAAAUUGUAACAAUUUCCACGUUAGAUCGCGAAUACUAUGUUAAGAACAUGUUUCUACGUACUUGCAGCAUUUUUUACGAUCGCUCUUUGAUGUUGGCAAGUUAGAAGUAAUAUAUCGACAAACACACGCAGUGCAUGGAUAGAGAAAAUGAAAUGCAUCUCGAUUUCUAAGCUCAGCAUCGAUUUAUCUUCGUUAAUCUGAUCUCUUAUUGAAAAUUCUUAUCGACAGGAUCAAAAAAGCUAGACAAGACGCAGCACAAGGAAAUGAAAACUAAGAAAAAUCGAAGAACCGUGGGACGUAGCGCGAGGGAAUGAGAGAUAAGGAGAGCAAAGGAUUACACACGGCUGAAAGAAUGGAGCGAUUCCGAGGCAACGAUUGAAAAAAGUGGGGGCACCAACGUGCAUUCGGAGUGUUGGCCAGCAUUCACGUAUUGCAUCGUACGUAGAACGACUAAUUGCGUUGCACCUGUACGAACGAGGCGCGCAAGCAAAUUUAACUUUGUCAUUUUCCAAACAAUUGAAAUUUCGCCACAGAUCUUUCUUCCACUCUGUCUCGUCCACGUGGCUAAUUUUCUUUUCGUUAUCUGUUGCCUGUCGCACGCGAUCGGUAGUUUUUAAAUCACAGAAACCAGAAGCUGUUCACAUGAGCCGAGGAUCUAUUUCCAGUUGGCAGGACUAUGGACGCAGAAGUUCUCAAUGCAUGCCACAGUUCAGCGGCGGCCCGGUGCAAUUUAUGACUUACGAUGACAUGGAAUAUAAAAGAGGCGAUGGUUGGUUCUUAUCGUAUACAAAGAUAGCAGGAAUCAUCGUGGUCUUUAUUAUCGGUGUCGUAGCCGCAGGAUUUCUCGGAUGGUAUAUCAAUUCCUUACCAAAGAAAAGGCCAUACGAGAUUCUAGACUUGCAGAACGAUGGCAUCGAGGAUACAGACGAUGUUGACGAAAGUAUUUCACCUUUCAUUCGUCCCUUGAAGUAUCGCCUCGAAUUAACGCCGAUUAUCGACAUGAACGGCCCAUCGAGAUUGAUAGGCCACGUGUACAUCGAUUUUCAAGUAAACGACACGAUAAGUUUAAAUAAACUUUCGCUAAAUGUGAAGAACAUUACGGUGACUAGUUAUAAACUGUCUUUGCUGGAUCUGGAGGAAAACAAGAAGCCGUUAAGGAAAAGACGAAGAAGGGGAACCACCGACGUAAUUAAUAACGUUAAUCAAGGGAACGAUACAACUUCUGAAAAUGACGUUGUGAUAAGCCUGAGCGAAAACGAGACACUGGUAUACGACGAAAAUGUUACAAACUCAUCGGAGAACAGGUCCUCCGACGAAGAAGCCAACGUUACAUUGUCAAAUUACGCUUUGGUUUCUGACACUAGCAAAAUUGACGACUCAAACGUAGAUGAAAUUAUACAGUUCGAAUCUGUGCCACCUGCUGUAUCUCCCGGAAACGCAUCUUCGCAAAUACAGAUCACACAGUACGAUAUAGACGCGGAUAAGGAAGUUCACACAAUUUAUUUAGGAAGUCGAAUACAGCAAGGAAUUUAUCUGUUGGAAAUCGAAUAUGACCUGUUAAUCGAUGAACAUAUAUUUUUCAUUGGAAGUUACAAUUCAUCUGACGAAGGAAAAUGGCUAAUGGGAACGAAAUUGAAGGAAUCCGGUGCUCGAUGUCUGUUUCCGGUUUUCGACGAUACGGUGAAUAAGUCGGUUAUUUCCGUAUCCGUGGCACGUCCCAAAGAAAUGACAGUGCUCUCAAACAUGCCCCUCAGGAGUUUAAGGGAUACCUCGGACAAUUCGAUGGUGGUCGACACUUUCGACGAUUCUCUGCCUAUUUCUCCGCACAAUUUGGCUUUCGUAAUGGGCCAUAUCGAAGCCAUGAACACGACGUUCGUAGGCGACACCGAAGUAGUUGCAACGUUCUGGUGUGAAUCGAACAGAAGCUCAGAGGAGAUUUACCUGUUCGACAAACUCGACUCAGUUGUCGUUAACUUGAUCGACGUGUUUUUGACGUCCUACCCCUAUCCUAAAUUGGAUGUAGUAAGCCUGCCUCCAGGGAUCGACGAGAACAUGGGAAAUCCUGGAUUAAUUGCGCUGAAGCAGUCGUUGUUCUACACCAGCAAGAAAUCGCCACAUGUCACGAAAGCCGACGCUCUGAAGGUCCUGAUCAACCUAGUGGGACAGCAAUGGCUCGAUGAAUUUACGAAUGUGAAUCGAACGGACGCGUGGAUCUUCGAGAGUCUGCUAGUUUACAUCCAACACGUGAUCGUUCAACAGAUAGACUCGUCAUUGGACUUGAGCGACUCUUUCAUCGCCGAUGUCCAGCUGCACGUGAUGGAGAUCGAUGGCUAUAGCGUUUCAAGACCUUUCCAUGAAAAUGCCAAUUAUCAUCUGUGGCAAUCUCUUAACUACGAGCACGCGAAAGGUGCAUGUCUGAUACGCAUGUUGCAUGGCGCGAUAGGCGAUACCGACUUUAGGAACGGCUACAAGAAACUGAUAACCAGGUGGAAGCAUAACAACACGGAUAUAACCGAUUUCAUGAAUAUUCUGGCGGAAGAAGCAAUGGAACUUCCGUCCGGAGUUUCGUUGCAAGACACGAUGAAUUCUUGGAUUUCUCAAGGUGGAUAUCCAUUUAUAACCGUCGUAAGAAAUUACGAAGAGGAAUCCGCCACUAUUUAUCAGGAACAAUUUGCGCUCGAUCGUCCAUUCGAAAGUAUCUCCAAAUUUUGGCACAUCUCACUGAGUUACGCCAACAAUAAUAGUAAUUGGUCGUCACCUGCUACGAUCUGGUUCCCACCUGAACCUAAAAUUACGCUGGAUGGCAUUGGUUCCAAUGAAUCUUGGGUUCUUUUCAACGUAAAUAAGACUGGUUUCUAUCGCGUGCACUACGACGAAACGAAUUGGAUGCUGUUAAAAUUGGCACUCACGGAGAAUCACGAGCUGUUUCCGCCAGAAACCAGAGCAUCGCUCGUAGACGACGUUUUUAGUUUGGCUGAAAUAGGCUUGAUGAAAUAUGACACCGCCUUUGAAUUCAUUAAAUAUAUGCAAAUGAAGGAAAGACAUUACCUUCCUUGGGGUGCAUUUACGCGACACAUGUUCAAAUUAAACAGGCUUCUGUACGAGACUCCGGUCUUUACUGAUUUCCAGGAAUUCAUAGCAAGAUUCGUAUCGCCGUUGUACAGCGAAGUAGGGUCGAAGUUGGAAGAAGGAUCAGCACUGACAAUGACUGCUGUAAAACUUGCAUGCGCCUUCGACCAUUCGCAGUGUCUAGACUGGUCGAGAAACGUUUCCGAGGUAGUCAAUAGUAUACACGAAAUAGUUCCUUCCUACAUUCGUGACACGUUUUAUUGCACUAUCGCGCGUUAUGGUACACGAAGGGAAUGGAAUUACUUUAUGGAACGGAUAAAAUCGACCGAAGAUGAGGAGGAAAAGAAGCGUUUGUUAUCGUCAUUCGCUUGCUUCCAAACUCCUUGGAUUUUACAAUUUAUUCUCAAUGAUAUACUUCACGAGGAACGAUUCGAGGAGGACGAAAUGUCGGUAAUUUUGAAUGCAUUUUCACAAAACCCAGCCGCGGCUCAAGUCGCAUUUCGGUUCGUUCGAGCAAAUUGGCAAGAAAUUGCGCAAAGGUUUCUAGGAUCUUAUAAGGUAUUGAAAUCUUUCGUGCUGUCCAUGAUGAAUGGCUUAACGACUGAACAGGAUUUACAAGACCUUCAAAUGUUCAGGGAAAACAAUUACGAUAGCAUGAAAGGAACAAGAUAUGCGGCAGCGCUUGUCGAAGCAAAUGGAAAUUUCGAAACAACAUGGUUGAAGCAUUCUUUACCUCAAAUUGAAUCUAUGUUAAAAGAAGAAACACAGAGAUUUGCAAGUCCGUGAAAAUAGCUGAUAAAAGCGAGGGGAUAAACACUUUCAAGAGUUGUAUUUCGUGAAGCUGGACAAAUAGCUUUUCGAAGGGUCACACGUACUUUUUACGAAUUCCGGCGAUUUACUUAAAAUAUUCGAGUUCUAAGCUUUUUUAUUUCGCUUCAUUUUUUAUUCUCCUGAAAAUGCAAACUUGAAUUUUAAAAUUGAAAUUGUGACAAAUCUUAAAUUAAUUUUUUCAUUUGACAUAUAGAGAUGUAUUAACAUAUUCUCUCAUUUAUAAUUUAUUAAUGUAACAUAUAAAUCAUUUCGAAUAAAUAGUAUUGUAACUUUUUAAAAUAUUG